GAUCCGAAAAGGAAGAGAAAAAGGGCAAAAGAAAUAAAUGGAGACAAGCACGUCAACAGCAGGAACCCUUCCAAAGAAGAAAAGUGAAAAGAUUCUAGACGGUUCGGAUAUAAUGGAGUUGGUUGAGAACAAGGAGGUGUUUACCAGUUUCGUGGAUCAUAAGUUCAAUGAGCUCGAUAAGGAUAGCGAUGGUCAGCUCUCUGUGAAAGAGUUACAGCCUGCCGUUGCUGAUAUUGGUGCUGCUCUUGGCUUGCCUGCUCAGGGUUCUUCUCCUGAUUCUGACCAUAUUUACUCAGAGGUUUUGAAUGAAUUCACUCGAGGAAAGCAAGAAAGAGUGAGCAAGUCGGUGUUCAAAGAGGUUCUUUCGGAUAUUUUACUAGGCAUGGCCGCUGGUUUGAAGCGGGACCCUAUCGUUAUCCUCCGCAUCGAUGGCGAAGACCUGUCGGAGUUCAUUAAUGGCCCGAGUUAUGAAGCAGAGAUGGUGUCCAUAUUUCAACAGAUUGUGUCGGAUGAUGCCAUAUCGCUGCAGGAUUGCAUCGUUAACGCUUUCGAGAAACUUACUGUCGAUCACGGCGUGCCUCCCUGUUCGGAUUCUUGGGUUAUCAGCAACAUUAUAGAACCGGCUCUGCAAUCAUGGUCGGAUGACAAUGAUGUCGAGAAACUUGUCUCGCAAGAAACAUUCCUCGAAGCAUUUAAGAAAGUCGCAGAGCGUGUGGCCAAAAAUCUCAAAGAGAAACCGGUAAUCGUCGCCCAUAGCGAAAGCACCUUCGAUGGAAGUGGCAUUAAAAGACUACUAUCCAACAAGUUUGAACUAGACAAGUCACUGAAUAUAGCUUUGAACAACGUUCCAAAAGAUCGCAACAGCAAAAUGUCGAAAGAGUAUUUACGAGCGGUGCUCGAAGUAGUUGCUCCAUCGGCCGGUUUACCUCCAAUCGGUGCAGUCGAACAGAUCGACAAGGUUGUUGCUGAUGCUUUCGACAUGGUAAAUGCGAACCACUGGAAGAUGGUUAAAGAAGACGAGUUCAAGAAACUAUUGACAGAGAUCUUGGGGAGCAUCAUGCUGCAGUUAGAGGGCAAUCCCAUCUCGAUAUCUUCGAAUUCCGUUGUUCAUGAACCCCUUGCAUCGUCAUCGUCGCUGCUGCAGCCAUCAUCCUAGUUGCAUACCGGAGACAUCUCUCUCUAUAUAUGUAUCAGGGGUGACAAAAUAAGGAGGGACAAUAAAUUUUGGUUAAUUUUAAGUGAACUUCCAGUAGAUUAAGUUGAUUUAUGUGCAGUUCAGUGGUGUGUGUUGUGCUAAUGAUGUGUAUUACCAUAACUUAU